AUGCAAAACUGGUUCAGUGAAUAUGUCGAUGGUUGUAUUAAUCACUUGAUUAAUCUAACUAAACCUGGUAAAGACAAAGAUGAAGUUGGUAAGAUAAAAGAAGAAAUCAAUCUUGUCCAACUAUUAGAAGGUUGUCCACGAGAAAUUCUUGAUUUUGCGGCUCAUUUGAAGGCACUCACAUAUUCAGAUGAACCGAACUAUGAUCUCCUUGAAACCAUUUUAAAUAAUAUUAUUAUGAAAUAUAAUAUAAGUUUCGAUGAACCAUACGAUUGGGAGAAUGGAUAUGAAAAAAUUGGAGGCAAAGCGCGAGUUAAUGGUGAACCUAUUGCUAAAAAUCGAUCACAUACAACUGCAAUUAAGGAUCGGUUACCUGAAGAAAAAAACAAAGCUCUUGAUACACAAGCACCAAUUACGAUGGGUGAAGAUGAUGAUGAACAAACUGGUGCUCAUGGAAAGUGGCAAGUAAUUACUCAUGACAAAGAACAACAAGAUAAACCAAAAUACAAAAGACAAGAAUUUAUGAGGCCAAAAUAUGGUCCAGUAAAUUUCGAUAUCAUUGAUGCCGUCAAUGCUAGAUUAGCUGCUGCUAGUAGAUCAUCAACUGAUAAUCUUGAUGCAAAUAAUGCCAAUAACACGGGAAAAACUAAAAAGAAUGGUGAUGUUGAGGCGACAUUCGAAUUACCCGCUACUUUAUUGAAACCUCUUAGCAAUGAACAGCACAUUAAUGCACAACAGUGCUCAACUAUAGGUGUUUGUGCGAUUCGGCAAAAAAACAAUAAUGAUCGAAACUCAAAAGGAAAUCGCUCAGUUGUGAUAGAUUUAUCAAACGGGAAACGCAACAACAAAAAAUUAAAUAUUGUUCCAGUAGAUGGCAGUUCAUAUGCUCAAGCAGAUGAUGAAGGAGUUGUAAGUAGUCAUUUAAAAGCACCUACAAUCACCAGCAAAUGGCAUGCAUCGUUUGAUGAAUCGUGUGAAGAUGGUGAAGCAAUCGUUGAGGGUAUUCAUGGAGACAAAUCAGAAAACAGUAUUUCGCCAAAAAAACCAGAAAACCGAUUCGCUGGUGUUCGACCUUUUCGUAAUAUUUUUUUUCCAUGCUUUCCUCUUCUCUGA